ACCGACGCUGAAACUGUUGGUAUCACGGAGUAACAGGGGGAUUUCAUCAUUUGAAGAAUGUCGUGAAAGUCCGGUGUAACUCAAAGAACCGUAGAAACCUAUUGAUAGUGGGGCAAGUGUUCCAGGGAAUGAGUUAAGUUUUUACGACUUACCUAGGAUAUCAAUAUUCAGAGAAUUAUUAUGUCGCAUACGACAAUGGCACUAGUUCGGAAUUUGCAUCGAUUUAUCCCAAUAUCUAGACUUCAACCCAAAGUCAAUCCAUCGGUAUUAAAAAAUCCCAAUCAGACGAGUUUUGUGAGAGCAGCCUCGACUACACAACCACUUCAAGAGAAAAAGGAAGAAGUAAAAGUCACAUUCAUAAGGGCAAGCGGAGAGAGAAUCGAGGCAAAAGGAAAAAUCGGAGACACACUCUUAGACAUUGUUGUCAAUAACGAAAUUGAUUUGGAUGGCUACGGUGCCUGUGAAGGAACACUGACGUGCAGUACGUGUCAUUUAAUACUUCCAAAGGACAUUUAUGAUAAAUUACCUGAUAAACCAACGGACGAGGAGAACGACAUGUUGGAUCUAGCCUCUGGACUGACGGAGACGUCUAGACUUGGUUGUCAAAUAAUCCUAACGAGAGACCUGGAUGGACUCGAGGUUCAAGUACCCCCAACGCUCUACGAUGCUCGUAGCUGAGACAGCAAAAUCAAACUAAUGAAAUUAAAAAAUCUAGUAAAGUGACAUUCAACAAUGAAUGAUUAAAGUCCAAAUUCGUCAACCGUGGUUGUCAGAUGUACAUAAUAGGUCAAGAAUAAUGAUCACGAAGUGCUCAGUUUUUUUUACACGACUAAACAAUCGUUGCAAUUUCAAAAGCGUACUUGGAUACAUGUACAUGAAUAAUUGGGAAAUAGGUGAUAAAUAUUUUUUGUAAUAGAAAAAAUAAAUUAAGUAAUUGUUUUA